AUGGGGUCCAUUUCCGUUCUCCUCGUCGCCCAAGUAAUGCCAUACCUAGAACAAGAACUCAACAAACGCUACAACCUUCUCCGCGCAUGGGAUUUCCCUCAGAAAUCGAAUCUCGUAUCUCAACACGCCGCGUCGAUCCGUGCCGUUGUCGGAAGCUCGGUCGCCGGUGCUGAUUCUGAGUUUAUUGACUCGUUACCGAAGCUGGAAAUUGUUUCGAGCUUUAGCGUUGGUGUUGAUAAGAUUGAUCUGAACAAGUGUAAGGAGAAAGGGAUUCGAGUUACGAAUACUCCUGAUGUUUUGACUGAUGACGUGGCUGAUUUGGCUAUUGGUUUGAUCCUUACGCUUUUGAGGAGGAUUUGUGAGUGUGAUCGGUUUGUUAGAACUGGAAAUUGGAAGAGUGGUGAUUAUAAAUUGACUACUAAGUUCUCUGGGAAAAACGUUGGUAUUAUUGGGUUGGGAAGAAUUGGCACAGCAAUUGCCAAGAGAGCAGAAGGUUUUAAUUGUCCAAUAAGCUACUAUUCUAGAACUCAAAAGCAGGAGUCAAAAUACAAGUACUAUCCAAGUGUUGUUGAGCUAGCAUCCAACAACGACAUACUGAUCGUUGCCUGCCCUCUUACAGAGCAAACCCAUCACAUCAUCAACCGAGAGGUCAUUAAUGCACUUGGUCCGAAAGGUUUCCUAAUUAACAUUGGUCGAGGUAAGCAUGUUGAUGAGCCAGAGCUGGUCUCUGCAUUGCUUGAAGGUCGUUUGGGUGGAGCUGGACUCGAUGUUUUUGAAAACGAGCCUCAUGUUCCUGAAGAGCUUUUUGGGCUAGAUAACGUUGUCUUGUUGCCUCAUAUUGGAAGCGCCACAGUAGAAACUCGGACUGCUAUGGCUGACCUUGUUCUUGGAAACUUGGAGGCUCAUUUCCUUGGAAAGCCACUAUUAACUCCAUUGGUUUAA